GUCGUGCGAAGGGGCCCACACUCAGGAGGCCUUUGGCUGGAAAUCUGUGCAUCAGUUCUUCAGCUCAGCUGUUUUCUGUCACUGGAAGUUAAAUAUUUAUUUGUUCCUUGUCCAUCUUUUUCCUACCGCUGGAAUUACUCAGAGCACUUCUUCAUAAUCAGCCUGUAUGACUGGGUUUGUAUCCUUCGCCGACUGAAAAGCCGAUUUAAAUGAGCCUUAUUUGCCAUAUGUAGAGUGGAAAUCUAACAAAUUGCUCCUGAAAGCACUAUGAGCUCAUUGCAGUAUCAUCCUGUGGGGGGAACUUUUCUUGAGGGGGAUGCAGGGGAGCUGAUCAGAGUUGAUGGAAAGACAGAUGGAGCUGCAGAAAACUUUAGCUAAGGGUUCAAACUUUUAUCUCAGUUAAAUAAGGAAAACAGAUGAUUACAUUGUUUCAUAAUUUAUGCACUUUCUUGCUACUUUCUCACUUGCUUUUACUCUCAGAUCUGCAGGGACUCUCUCUCUCUCUUUCUUUGUCUCUCUCUCUCUCUUCUGACAGGUAGUCCAGAUUUCCCUGAACUCUUCCGCCCUCCUCUAAUCCCAGUCUCAGUCAUCUCUGUCCCUCCUGCUUGUUUUUCGACUCUGGUUUCUCCGAACACAUCAGGACACGGAGUUUAAAAAAAAAAAAUGUCUUGGACGUAUGCAACCCUCCUGGCUCUCCUCGCAGUGCUGCUUGCACUGAGCUUGUCUCCAGAGGCAGCCGAAUCCGCAGCUGUGGGUAGCAGCACGAGAAAUGCAAAAAGCCCAGCAGGUCAGCUGAGGAGGAUCUUCAUGAAAGAAGCUGAUGCCUCCAACUUCUUCAGGAAGCGCAGCAGGCGAGCUGUGAAAUCCCAGGACGAGAUCAUCGCGGAGCAGAGGCAAGUUCUGGCUGCUGACGAGCGAAAGAGGGAGUUUCACGAGGAGAAGAGGAAUGAGUUUGAGAGCUAUGCUGAGGAGGACAACGACGAGCAAAACGAGAGGACCAGAGAGAGCACCGAGCAGUGGAGGGAGUUCCACUACGACGGGAUGAAUCCUUCCCACGAGUACAACCGUCACACCGCCUGAGACCGCCGCAGCAGGUCCACAACUUUACAGCUGACUGACUUUAAAAAAGAAAAAAGAAAAGAAAGGCUCGAUAAAUACGCUUUGCUCUUAUAAAAACAUAAAUUUGAUUAGUUUUCAGGAGAAAUGUUCUCCAAUUUUUAUUCUAGUUUUUUUAUUUUCUAUGUUGCUUAAAUCUAAUCCUGUAAAAGUUGGUCAAAAUGUUUCAUAUUUUUUGAAAGGAGAUCUAAUCCGUAAUUUAGAUCAUGCUUAUUGUUUCUCAUUGUUUCAUUUGUCUGUCAUUAACCAGUUGGGUUAUUAACGCCAGGACUGAUUUAAAAGAGCAAAUUCAAAACAAAAUUGAAUAACAAAAGUAAAUUCAUUUCAGAUUUGUUCAAAUUUGAAACAAAACGACAUAUUUCCCGCAAUUUAUAGUAAAAUAGGUAGAAAUGAUCAAAACAAACCUAUAAUUUUGUUGUCAUUUUUUUUAUCAUGGCCUAAAGAAAUUUACCUUUAAUGUCUGCAACAUUUAAUUGUCUGAUUGAGAAAACAAUGAAAUUAUGUUACACCAGGAUAUUCACAGUAAAAGAGAAAAAAAGUAGGAAGAUAAACCUCUUUUCUUAUCGACAGGGUUGAUAUUCAGUACUCUGUAGAAAUGAAAGCUUAGAUAUUGUUUACAAAGAUGUUCGCUGAAUAUUAAGUACUUAUUUUAAAGUGACGAUGCAUAUCUGUGUUUUUCUUAUUCAUAUUAUUCAGCAAGGGUUAAAAUGUAUUAUUUUUAUUGUAACAGUAUCCAUGCUAUACUGCUGUGUAGUAGUAAAUCUAAUUUACUUUCCUUCAAAGAGCAAAAAUAUACAGAGACUAUAAAAAGUAACGCUUUGCUGUUAAAUUGUCAAGGUUUUCCAAAGUAAAAAUGAGAGGUAAUGAAUUAUUGUAAUAAAAAUAAAGUAGAUACAACUCACUUG